UUCUGUUCUGACUUCUGAUUAAGCCAGCCAACCAACCACAUACAAACUUCAUCUAUUCUUUCUCAUCUUCUUGAUCAAAUUCCAUGUACCAGAACCUAUUGAUUUCUUUUCAUUUCUGUUUUCAUUCAUAUAUGUUUCUGAAUUCUUGAAACAGAAUAUAACUAUGGAAGUUGAUUGGUCUGAUCUUCAAUCUGAUUUGCUAGAGUCCAUAGCCAGAAAAUUGACAAUCUAUGCUGAUUACAUCAGAAUCCGAGCAGUCUGUAAAAAGUGGCGAUCAGUUCUAUUACCUAAACCUCAUCAGUUACCUUGUCAACUUCCAUGGUUAAUGCUUCGUUCGGGAUCGCGUAGUGAAACCCGUCGUGGUUUCUUCAAUAUAACAGAAAACAAAGUUCAUCGUUUGAAAUUACCAGAGGCACAACGAAGGCGAUGCUGUGGGUCUUCACAAGGAUGGCUUGUGUUAAUAGAACAUAGCCCAAUUAUCCUUCUUUUGAACCCGCUCACAAGAACUCAAUUUCAGCUUCCACCACUGACAACUUUCCCAAAUGUAUUGGAUUUCAACAUUCACAAGGUAGGCAAAGAGUAUCUUCUCCAAGUUUCAUCGGACGGAAGUCAAUAUACACGGAACUUGAAUGAAAUGCGAAUUUUGUUCAUUAAGAAAGUCAUUUUAUCUUCAAGACCUACUUCGGUCACCGACAAUUACAUAGCGGUUGCAAUUCUUAAUGAAACAUGGGAAUUGGCCUUCUGCAAGAAGGGAAUUGAAUCAUGGACAAUGAUAGAUGAUGCUCGAUCUUACUGUGAAGAUGUUAUCUAUUACAAAAGCCUAUUCUACGCCGUAAACAAGAAAGGAUCUCUCGCAAUUUGUGAUGUUAAUGGUAUUGCUCCGCUAGUGACACUAAUGUCACCAGUAUUGCCCUUCUCUGUUUCUAAUGCUGAUGUGCUAUAUUUGGUUGCUUCAUCUGGUGAAUUAUUACUAGUUACAAGGUAUCUUGACCUUGUAAAUGAUCCUUUGCUCGAAUUUGCGUCCUAUAAAACAGUUGGUUUCAAUGUUUUCGAAUUAGAUGUUAGCUCAAUUCCCAAAUGGGUUGAGGUAAAAAGUUUAGGCGAUCAAAUGUUGUUCUUGGGUACAAAUUCGUCAUUGUGUUUAUUAGCUUCUGAGUUUUCAGGAUGCCAAGGGAAUUCUAUAUAUUUCACAAAUGACUACUCCGAAGCUAACGACGAAGGAAUACAUGGGAACCAUGACUCGGGCGUGUUCAAUAUGGGAGAUCGUAGUAUUGAAGCAUUACCAUAUUGUACUACUGGCUAUGACUGGUCGUUUUUGCCUCCUCCUGUAUGGCUUACACCUAACCCAUGGUAAGAUUGGAUUCCUAUAUAAAUGUGCUGUUCAAAAAUUCAAAAAAUAAGGCAUUUGGUUUUGUACAUACUGUAUUCACUACUAUGUUAUGCCAGUAAAGCUACCUUGUGUUAUUAGCAAUUUAGUUUGGAAAACACAAACUCUGUCACAUUGAUUACAUUUCUUCUUUCUUCUUUUUUUGUGUACUUAUCAUAUUGUUAUUAUGGACUCACGGAGCAAUUACAUAGUGUU